GGAGAGUGUAGACCUGCGGACUGAGAGCUGUCAUCUGCUAGAGCUUCAAACUCUGUUGUUUGUGUGGAUUUUUGUCUGACACUUCCCGGAGGAGGGAUCGAUCUGUCUGUGUCACCUGGAAGAAACCCUUUUUUACUUCUGAAGGAAGUUUUUUUUUGUGUGUGUCACAGCUGAGUGGGACAGAGCAUCUGAGCUGAGAAGCUGCGGUGUUGUGUAUGCAUGGAGGCUGAUCGGUGGAGGCUCUCUGUCUUCUUCUGAGGUCACAGGUCGUCAUUUCAAACCAUCGUCAUCGUCUUCAGCCCCGGAGGAGUGCCCCGACAUCACAACAGUGCAUAGGCCUUCCAUUCAAGGAGCCGGGUGCUGCAGCAAGAGAGAGCUAGAGGGGGGAAGAGAAAAUAAACACAGGUUUUAAAAGACGCUCUUCAUGAAUUUCCUAAAACCCUGAAAGGCAAAUACUGCAAGUUGGCCGGCGGUCCAGAGGAGGCAUGUGGACAAUGAGCAUGGCUUGGCUCUGUCUCUCAGCCUAUACUGUCCUGCUUGUUGGUUGUUUUCAUACAGCUCUCACGGAAAACGAUGUCACUCCACGCCUCACCUUCUCCUACAAUGCAAAGGAGAGGACAACCAGAAGUUUCUCGGUCGAUGGAGUCUUCAACUACACUUCUCUCCUCCUCAGUAAAGAAGACAACAUGCUGUACAUUGGCGCUCGGGAGAUUCUCUUUGCUCUCAACCUCUCUGAUAUCAGCGCAGUGAAGCUACAAAGAAAUCUCACGUGGAAAACUCCAGAGAGGAAGAGAGAUGAAUGCAGUUUCAAAGGCAAAAACCUGCAGACGGAUUGCUUCAACUACAUCAAGAUUUUACUACGUAUGAACAGCACUCACCUCUAUGUUUGUGGGACGUACGCCUUCAGCCCCAUCUGUGCUUACAUAAAGACUGCAGACUUCUCCCUCGUCGAGAGUGAUACCGGUGAGAUUGUUACAGAGGAUGGACGAAGCCGCUGCCCUUUCAACCCUGAGUACAAGUCCACUGCCAUCAUGGCUGAUGGAGAACUGUAUGCCGGCACAGUCAGUAAUUUCCAAGGAAAUGAACCCAUCAUUUACAAGAGUCUAAGCCAAGGAACUGCUCUAAAAACAGAAAACUCACUCAACUGGCUUCAAGACCCGGCCUUUGUUGGUUCUGCCUACAUACAGGAGAGCCUGCCCAAGGGCAACCUAGUGGGCGAUGACGAUAAGAUUUACUUCUUCUUCAGUGAAGCGGGAAAGGAGUUUGAUUUCUUUGACAACACCAUUGUGUCACGCAUUGCUCGCGUGUGUAAGGGUGACAUGGGGGGCGAGAGGGUACUGCAGAAGAAAUGGACAACUUUCCUGAAGGCUCAGCUCUUGUGCUCUCUGCCUGAUGAUGGUUUUCCCUUCAACAUAAUCCAAGACAUGUUUGUGCUGACACCCAGGCCCGAGGACUGGAAGAACACUGUGUUUUAUGGAGUCUUCACAUCUCAGUGGUACAAGGGUGCUUCAGGAAGCUCUGCAGUGUGUUCCUUCACUAUGGAGCAGGUGGAAAAAGCGUUCAAUGGGCGAUACCGAGAGGUCAACAGAGAGACUCAGCAGUGGUACACAUACAACCAUCCGGUCCCAGAGCCUCGGCCUGGAGCAUGUAUUACAAAUGCUGCCAGAGAGCAGGGCAUCUCCUCCUCGUUGCACAUGCCGGACAAGGUACUGAAUUUUGUCAAAGACCACUUCCUGAUGGACAGCGUGAUCCGCAGCCAGCCUCUCCUGUUGAAACGUAAUGUCCGCUACACCCAGAUCGCUGUCCAUCGAGUCCUCACAGCACAGAAAGCCUAUAACGUGCUCUUCAUUGGCACAGAUGAUGGAAGACUUCAUAAAGCCAUUAAUGUCAACAACAAGAUGCACAUCAUCGAGGAGAUGGUGCUCUUCCGUGAUUCCCAACCAGUGCAGCACAUUGAGCUGGACACUGAAAAGGGUCAGCUUUAUGUUUCCUCUUUCUCUGAACUGGUGGAGGUCCCAGUAGCUAACUGCACUAAUUAUCAGAGCUGUGGAGAGUGCAUCCUCUCCAGGGAUCCUUACUGUGCCUGGAAUGAGCGGCAGUGUGUGGAUGUCAGACAGGCUUCAGCAAGGACUGCCUGGCAGCAGGAUGUAGAUGAGGCAGAUACAUCAGCUAUUUGCGACAAGACAGUGCCAAGCCCACGGUUUGCUAAACCUCCACCUACACGAAUGUCUUCAUGCCAGGUGAUCAUUAUCCCAGCCAACACAUUCAAAGUACUGCCUUGCAAACUGCGCUCUAAUUUGGCUGAAAGGCGGUGGGAGUUCAGUGAGAGCUCAGGUCACUUCCAUUACCCCAGCCCAGAGGGGGGGCUGGUAGUGGUAGCUCAAGCUGACAGACAGGAAACCUACGAGUGCUGGUCAGUGGAGGAAGGCUUCAGACAGCUGCUGGCAAACUACUGUGUGAGGGGCGAGGCCAAGCAGGAGAGCACCACCCUGACAGGCCGUUCACGUACGCCACAGAUCUCCCAGGAGGAGUUCAUCAUCCUGCCGGGGAAGGCCCGCUCACCACAGAUAAACACUAAGACCUACUGGAAUGAACUGAUCAUAGUCUGUGCCCUCCUGGUGUUUUCCCUGGUGGUCUUCUCUCUUUUUGUGGUUUACAGGAACCGCGACCACAUGAAGUCCAUGCUGAAGGAGGGAGAGUGCGCCAACAUGCAGCAGAAGAAGCCCAGAAUAGUAGGGAAACCGGCUGAGAACUUGCCGCUCAACGGCAACACAGUCACAGCGUCAGUGUCAGAUCACAAGGGCUACCAGACCCUUAAUGACAACUACAUCUGCAGCACUCCACCGCACGAGUGCUCGUCGCCCGACAACAGCAAGAGCUUCUCAGAGUCGGAGAAGAGGCCUCUGAACUUGAGAGAGAGCCACGUAGAGAUUUCUCCCACUUGCCCACGGCCACGAGUCAGACUGGGCUCUGAGAUUAAAGACUCAAUAGUGUGAGGCUGGCUUCGUGUUAUGAGGAGUGACUCAUUUUAAACUGAAAGGAAAGAGUGCACUUGCUGAGAAAGACAAAACCCUAUAAAAGGGAAAACUGAGGAACAUCAGACUCUUCGUGGAGAGACAUUUCAUUACACAGAUUUUGCACUUUGUCUUUUUUUUUUUUUUUCUGUUCUGUUUUUUGUUCUGGCCCAUGUACAUUUCAUUUUAUUUUCCUCUCACUCCCCCGAUUCAAGUGCAUUCAGAAGCACUCUGAAGAAGUUCCACUUUGCCUUCAGACUUUUGAUGCUUUCACAUAUGGCUCACGGGAAUGUAACAAGCGUAGAGGUGGCGUCCCAACCACGAUUCACUGACUGACUUUCAUAGCAUUGCCACUCAGUCCGUCCAUAUAAUCCAGGGGUGAUGCUUUGAAAGGUAUUCAGUUGUGUUCCCGCUAACAGCUGACACAGUGUUAGCUGUUUUGUUUUCAUUCUGUCAUCUGGUAAGAGCCUACCCUUCGCUGAGGCUAUGCACUAUGUACUGUACUGUAGCAAGGUAAACACUCAAACACCACAAUAUACACUUUACAAGUCAGUGGCAGGCAAGAAAGAAAAAAGAGGUACCCUGUCACAGUUUCCAGAGUGCAUUCACACACAUAUACUCAUUGUUUAGGCUGAAAUAUAACAGAGAAACAGAGAAACAGAGAAAGAAUUCAGAGAAGAGGAGUCGCGCUGAGAGACUGAACAGGUUGAUCAAAAACAGACCAUUAUUUAUACAGUGAAAGAAAACACAAACAAGGAAUCACCUCAGUGGAAUUGUUAUAGGAACCCUUACCACCUCAAUCAUUACACACCAAAAAAAAAAAAAAAAAGAUAUAGUCAUAAAAGACACAAAUAUGCUUUUUAAAAGUAUUGGUAUUAUUAGUGGAUACAAAUAUUCCUCUGUGGAAGCCUGACUUUUAACAGGGUUUUCUUUCACCAAAUGUGAUAAAGGGAAAAAAAGCUCAUUCCAGGUAUUAUCAUGCUGUUCUCAUGAGAUAGGCAGUCUAUGCAAAGCAAAUAAUGUGAAGUGGGGGUAAACACCAAGAAAACCUCACCUCGUGACUGAGUAAGCACAAAGGUGUUGGCACUGUUAAUGACUUUAGGAUCAGCUGCACUGCAAACACAGCCCCACAUGCACACAAGCACACACACAUGCACUCACUCUCAUUACACUAACUGUAAGUAUGCAAGAGAUUUUAGCCAUUUUGGUGUAUUUUGGGGGAAAACUCCGAAAGACUAGCAUCACAGAAACAAAUGAUAAGAAACAAGGGUCCAGUACAGUAAUGUAAAUCUGCAGCUGUUGAUUUAUCUCAACGGGAUAAAUGGUUAUAAAUAUUUAUUAGGACUAUGUGGCCAAAUGUGUCUUUUACAGAGAGACAUUUAGUCAUCAUAGUCAUUCUUCAAUGUUUUAAAUAUUUAUCACUAUUCUCAAAGGGAAAUAAUAAUAGCUAUUUAAAUACUACACCUAUUCAUAACCUGAAUUAAAUAACACACAUCUGUAUAGCCUCAACUUUGAUAUACAUAUUAAGUGAUGAGUGUUAAUGAAUGGAAGAAAAUGCCCUCUGCUUGCUUAAAUGGUUUUAAAGGCAACCAUAAAGGCAAUAACUUGCAUUCUCAUCUAGUAAUAAACAUAAGACUUGUGUAUUUUAACUAUCUCAAUUAUCCAUCUCCAUGUUCAGAAAUAAUCAGAAUUAUAAACCAUAUAAUCUUCCAAAUUUAUGAGUCAGCUGUUACAGUAACUCAAAAGCAUCUUUCUUAUCAUACAGUUUUAAGUCUUACUUAUGUUUGGCUCCAGAACUGUAAUGCAGCCAGCAAAAUAAAAGUUUCAGUGCAGGAAGGCAUACUGCUCGACUCAGAAUGCAUAGGAUUUGCACAUGACAUUGAAAAGCCUUAGUACAAUGCAGGUUAUGGAUCUGAUAACAAAUCUGCCUUGGAGGAAAACGGAUAAUGCCUUCUGAAACAAUAAUCAAGAGAUGUGCCUCUUGGGAUAAUAAUCUAACCAGGUAGUAAUGCUGUAGAGUCAAAAGCGACACUGUAGGUGUGACAGGACUGGCCAUGCUCAGAAACAGGAGUGAAAACAUCAUUGUACAGUAUGUACUCAAGAGGUGUUUAUUUUUGUUCCGAUUUUUUGUUACGGUGGCUUCAACCUCAGUCAGGGACAAAAUUUUAUUCUUAAAUUGUAGCACAUAAAUAACCACUGGCUGAUUUGGAAAUCUUGAAUUCUAAAUAAGCAUUAGUAUUAUGUUACAUUUUGUGUAAAUGGCACAGCAAAUAUGAGUUUCAAAGACUGGUUAUCUAUAAUCAAUCAUGCAGUAUGAAAGAUUCAUGCUUUGACUGUUAUUGAAAACAUAAACAAACGGCAGCUUUUUGGUGAAGUGGCUGUCAUCAGAACAAUAUUAAAUUUGCUAAGUGCAGAACAAAUGUAAAGUGGCAGUGAUUUAGUAAAAUACGUGUAGAUACUGAACAUGCUUUUUUCCAAAAAACAAACAAAAAACAAACAAACAAAAAAACAAAACAAAA